AAAAGAUAAAGUCAGCCACUCAGCCUCACUCACUCUCCUAAGCGAUUGUGAUCUAAGUUAGCUAAGCCCCAGAAAAGCACCAUCUCAGACUUUGUUAUAUAUAUCAGAAAUUGAAAGGGAGUUUUGCUCGCUUGAACAAUCCUCUUUUAGUUUUACUUUGAUCAUUGCACCUCUACUGCACUUCUCAAAUUUGGAAGCCCAAAAAAAAAUACAGGAAGAAACAAAAAUAUUGCCUUACUUUCCUGUGUUCGAAGCAAAGUUUUAUAACAAGUCGUAAGCAAAAAAUCGAAGCAGACAAGGGUCUUUAGCAAUCCUCCAAGAGUCAAAGGGUACCCAACACGGACCUACUCCUAGAGGUAGCAAAGACGGGAUGCAGCAGCCUAGUUCCCUUGAAGCUGUUGCAGGACAUGAUAGAAUAGCAGAAUCUUUGGUCCACUUAAGAGGGACUACUAACGAGGAAUUCAAGAAGCUCAAAAAAGAAAUUGAUAGCAUAAGGGGGCGUAGUUCAAUGAAGAGGAUUAGUUCCAGUUCUGGUUUGGACAUACUGCAAGAUAAAGUAUCUGACAUGUGGGACGUGGAUGGAACCUUGGAUGGCCUAAAGACUACAAUAGAAACUGCCUAUCAACAGGUGGAAAAAAUGGUUCACUUGUCAAAGGCAUCAUCAGUAUAUGAAUGGCAGCUGGAGCAGGAGUUUAGAGCAAAAAUUGAAGCGCUUGUGAUGAGGAAUUGUAUUUGGAGCGUUGAAGGAAACAUGUCGGAUUGCUUUUAUAGUGCAAAAAAUGUGAACUGGCAUGGAAGGAAGAAGGAGAUAUCAGGUAUACGCGAUGAAUUAGAUGCUAUUUCUAAAUCACUAUCUGUUUGUGACAAUGGACAGCUAUCUUCACAUGGAUCCUUGGAAGUUGAAGAAGAGAGUAGUAGUGGUAAUAAGGGUGCCGGUUCACACCUCAAGGUAUUGAACAAUCUUAAAUCAUCAUCAUCGUUACCAUCAACAAUAACAACAGCAACAACAUCAUCAUCAUCAGCAUCAUCAUCUUCAUCUGUUCGGGAAGAAAAUGGUAUACAUGAUGAGUCAGAAAAAAAUAUGGAAGAAGAUUUGGAUCCUGCCUUGCUUAAGCAUAUGAAGAAAGGAGAAUUGAUAAGCCAUUUUAAGAAUGAGAUUACUAAAUUGAAGAGAAAUCAUGAGUCAAAAAUACUCGUUCUGACUGAGCAGCAUUUCGGCUACAAGAGGGAAUUGCCGAGAGAAAGGAGAUUCUCUUUAACAUUGAAGUCUAAGGAGUUCGAUAUGUUGAGAAAGAGAAUCUCUGAGGUGAUUUCUAAACUAGAUGAAAUUCUUGUAGAAAAGGAGGAAGUAGCUACAUUGCUUCCUCAUACAUUUGGCAGCAAUGAAGAAAGUCCCAGCAGUUUGAAAGAUAGAGUGGAAUCACUCCUCUCAGAAAACCACCAACUCAGAGAUCUGCUUGAAGAUAAGAAUAGAGAAAUUAAGUGCCUUUCACUACACGUUUCUGAAGCUGCAGAGUGCCUGUCACAACACUCUCUGGCUGAGGCAAAGUUAUUGAAAACAGCUGGAAAUCUUAAAGCAGCUAUGGAAGAUGCGUGUAUCGAAUCUUCAAUUGGUGCAGAUUUACUUGCUGGUAUUGUCAGGGAAGUGGUGGAUGAGAUUAAAUGCAUUGCUGAAGAGUCACAGUUGGAGAAUAGUAUUAUGAAUGAAGAUUUGAAUAUGGAGUCCAUCAUCACGCAAGAACUAUGUGGUGUUAUGUUCAAAGAUGAUGAGGAGAAACUCAGUGAGCUGAACAUUAAAUAUAUUGAGGAAUAUGAACUUUGGGUUUUGCAGGAGAUGGACAAACGAGAAAAGGAAAAACAAUUAGAAGUGGAGCUUGCAAACAAAGUGAGCUUACAGAAAGAAGUACAUUUUCUGGUAGAAGAAAAGGAGCAGUUGGCACGAGAUGCAGCAGCUGCAUUGGAAAUCGAAAAAGAAAGAUAUGAAUCAGCUGCUCAAGAGGUUGAAAAUUUAAGGGGUGAGACGAGUCAACAUCAGAAAUUGAUUUCAGAAAGCGUUGAAGAGUCAAAUGCUGCAAAGCGUGAUUUGGCUGAGGCGUUGGAGCAAAAUGAAGAAAAGGAGCAGUUGGCGCGAAAUGCAGCAGCUGCAUUGGCAAUCGAAAAAGAAAGAUAUGAAUUGGCUGCUCAAGAGCUUGAAAAUUUAAGGGGUGAGAUAUGUCAACAUCAGAAAUUGAUUUCAGAAAGCGUUGAAGAGUCUAAUGCUGCAAAGCUUGAUUUGGCUGAGGCGUUGGAGCAAAAUGAAACACACAAGGCAGACAUAUGUAAGUUAGAACAAAAGCUUGAAGCAGCAGUGAAAGUGCUGAGGCAAGUUGAGGAAGAUAGAAGGAGGCUUCUUGAUGUCAACCAAGAGAAGCAGAUUGCUGUAACUUUGUUCGAAGCAAAAGAAAGGGAGCUUCGCGAGCAACUUAAAUCAAUAGCUGUCUAUAUCAGUGGAUUAUUGAAAACGUUCACUUAUUUUGAACGUAGAGUGACACAAGAUAUUUCAGGGAAAUGUUCGAGGUUGAAAAGUUUGACUUCUCAAUCACGUUCGCUUAAACGAAAAGCUGCUGUACUUGUAAGACGAGGAUUGCUGUACAAGUGCAGACUGGAAAAGAAAUGUUCUGACCUUCAGAGAGCUGAAGCUGAGGUCGAUCUUUUGGGGGCUAAGGUGGACACUCAGUUGAAUCUUGUUGAAAAAAUAUACAUUGCCCUUGAUCAUUAUUCACCAAUAUUGCAGCAUUAUCCUGGAAUAACUGAGAUCUUGGAGCUGUUAAGAAGGGAAUUAAGUGCAAAAUUUAGAUCUGUUUGAUCUGCCCUUUGACUUGGGAUAUUGAUUGCCUUAUUCAAAACAACCAAAAUCUAAGGACCCUCUAUCCAGGCACACUAUGAUAGUGACCGUUUAGGUCUACCAAAGUUUCGUUUUCGGUAAUUCACUUGUAUAGUUUCUUUUAGCUUUCGGAGGUUGGCUUUGUCUCCCCUCCCUUGUAUUCUUUUUUAGUUCAAUAAAAUCUGGAACUAAAAAGGCUAUUUGUCUUUGCUUAGUUCUCUAGUUCCAACCAAAAAAAAAAGGAAAUGCUUGAAAGAUAUUAAAUUUGGUCUGAAAUAUAUUAUUGUAUUGAUUAUGUGAUUAUAUUGUGAUAAUACAAUUAUAUAGGAGCAAACGAAUUGUUUUUUAGGAAAAGAAUAUUCUACUCUAGACAAUUAUAUUCUAGAGAUAGAAACAAUAU